GACAGUGAAGAGCUGCUGGCCUUCUCUCGUACAAAAGCUCCCUCCAUCUCCCUGUCUAUAGUACCGUUUGGUGCCCAGAAGCACACUUCCUCGCCCUGGCUGCUGAUCCACUUCCAUGGAGGAGGCUUCGUGGCCCAGACCUCCAAAUCCCAUGAGGUUCGUAGGCCAGGGAUAGUGGUGUGAUGCCUGGAAUUACUUUAGCUAAUCACUAACCGUAGUCUCACAGUAAUUACAUUGAGUGGAGCUUGGUGCUCAGCCCGUACUCACCUUCCGGUACUCAUUAUACCUGUCUACUUUUGAGAAUCUGUUAAUAUUUUCUUAUCACACCUCUUCAUCUCUCUCUCCAUCUGUCCUGCUGCAUUCUCACUCUAUCUUCCAGAACUAUCUGAAGAGCUGGUCCAAGGAUCUAAAUGUCCCCAUCCUGUCUGUGGAUUACUCCCUGGCUCCUGAGGCCCCCUUCCCCAGAGCCCUGGAGGAGUGCUUCUACGCCUACUGUUGGGCCCUCAAGGACUGCCAUCUUCUGGGUCGGUGUCAUUACUACUGUGUUAGAGCUUGCCUUCGAGCCAAAAAAUAAUGUUUCUUACCUUGUUAUUGCAGUUGUUGCCCAUUUAAUAGGGUGUCGUUUUGGGAAUUAAGAGAGUUCCACACCCUUGAAAUCAAGUUAAAAACAUUAUGUAUCUUUGAUGCUUCUUCUCAAUGUACAAGUUACAGUUGGCUCUCUUCUUCAAUUGACUAUUAUUGUUAUAAUUCUAAAAUAUCCAAAGUAUUAAAACAAUUCAUCACAAGUAUAAUCACCUCAUCUCAUACACUUCUCUAACACAUAAAGUAAAGGAACAACUUGUUUACAUCUCCAGCUCCAUCUGACAGCUUGUAGAAAUAGUAACUGGCAGGCUAGCUUGCUGAAGCUAACGGUAGCCAACGUUAGCUUUGAUGCUAGCGGACUUUUUGAUAUUAAUUACACAUUUACACUUUAUUGUGUUUCUUAUUAUGUGGAUUUCGUCUCACUCACCUUUGAAAUUAUGUUAAUAACAGUAUUUAUCUUCGGUGCUUCUCCUCAAUGUACAAGUUACAGAUGACUCUCUGUCUCUUCUUCAACAACUGACUAGGCUAUUGCGAGAGAAUCAACCAGUAAAAUAAACACUGUGGCAAAAGCGAGUGACUGGCCCCUUCUGCUGGCUGAAUCAAGCAUAACACCCUUUCAUAGAUUAACAUCGAGUCCACUAUUUCUGAUAACAUCUCAGACCUGUACCAGACCAGCUGGUGGUACUGAUUGCUCUGUCCUUCUGUCCCAGGCUCCACAGCUGAGCGUGUGUGUCUGGCUGGUGACAGUGCUGGAGGGAAUCUCUGCAUCACCAUGUCCAUGAGGGCCAUUUCCAGCGGCGUCCCUGAUGGUAUCAUGGCUGCCUACCCAGCUACCCUGCUCACCACUGAUGCCUCGCCCUCCCGCCUGCUCACCUUCAUGGACCCAAUGCUGCCCUUAGGGGUGCUCUCCAAGUGCCUUAAUGCCUACGCAGGUAAGGAAAUAAGCAAAAUGGAUGAGAGGGUAUUAGUCAAAGCUCUUGUAAAAGAGAGUUAAGGGGCAAAGAUUGCGUAUUGAUGUAUAUUGAUGUGUGCAAAAAAGAUGUGCAUAUAGGUCUUAAAUAACUUAAUUUCUUAUCCUCCAUUUUUUAUUACCUCGUCUUCCUCUUUUCCACCCUCUCUCCAGGUGUAGACUCUCAGGUGGUACAGCCCACAAAGGGGACCAGCACGUUGUAUGCUCUAGGUAGAGACACAGCCUUGCUGAUCAAUGACCUUACAAAGGGGCUAUCCAGUUGGAUCCAGUCCUUCCUGCCCACAGUGGGCCUAGAGUCACUGUCAUUGUCACACCGGAAGUCCCUCGAAAACAAGGCCGACCAGAGAUAAACCUCACCCUGUUCCUCCUCAUUCAACGCCUCCUCAGGUCCUAGGGACUACCCAGAAGGCUUUGAGCCCCUGCACUCUGAGUGCCUGGCUGUGAUCCAGAACUCCUCCUGUCCCAUCGUCAAUAACCCAUUUGUGUCGCCCCUGCUUGCCCCUAACGACCUACUGAGAGGACUACCACCUGUACACUUAGCGGUGAGAGGGGGGAAUGAGGUAGGGAAUGAAUGGAUAAAGGGAGAGAGUGUGAGGGAUGGGUGUGGUAGAGUCAAUGGAUUUUGGAGGUUGAGAAGGAUGGAAAGAUAUCGCGAGCAAAGGAAUAAUCAAUAUUGCAGUGGGUCUGUAUUUUUCUUCACCAGUUGCUUUAAUAUUCUACAACUCUGCUACUCCCCUGUCUGUCCCCACAGGUCUCUGCACUGGAUGCCUUGUUGGAUGACUCUGUGAUGUUCGCCAAGAAACUGCGGGAUGUGGGCCAACCAGUGACCCUGAGGGUGGUGGAAGACCUCCCACAUGGCUUCCUCAGCCUAUUGGGAAUCUCUGAGGAGACACAAGUGGCCUCAGACAUCUGCGUAGAGCGAAUCAGACAGGUCUUCCAGCAGCAAACCCUGCCUUACUGUACUCGCAAGGCACCUAAGUUUGAAAGGACCAAUCAUGGGGCAUGGAAAAAAAUAGUUGUCCUCAGAGAAGUGGAGUGA